GUAUGUAGACCAGACUAGCCUCCAACUCCCAAAUUUGCACAUGCCUCUGCUUUCCACGUGCAAGAUUAAAGUUGUAUAUUACACCACCCAGUUUGUAGAUCCUUUUGAGGAAGAGAAAGAAACCCUUAGAACUAGUGAGAUGGCUCAGCAGAUAAAGGCAUUUACUACCAACUUUGAUGACCUGGGUUUGAUUCCUGGGACCCACAUCUCAACUGGACAGAACCAGUGCCUACAAGUUGACCUCUGACCACCCCAUACAGCCAUGGCAUACUCAAUCCCUGCCCUACCCUCCCACUCACAUGCACACAAAACAAAUAAAAUGUAAUUUUAAAAUGUGAAGAAGCUCUUCUUUACAGGCCCUUUGAAAGAAUACAAAUGCAUGAGACGAGAGACUGCUGUUUAGUGCUGCAAGGACCCAGUUUUGUGAUCACAACGCCACAAAAAGUUUGUAAAAGGAAGCCAGUUCAUCAUGUCGGCAGCAGCUGUGGAUACGGUUAAUGCCACACCCCUGUCAGGGUCAAAAGAAAUGAGUUUGGAGGAGCCAAAGAAGAUGACCCGGGAAGACUGGAGGAAAAAGAAGGAGCUAGAAGAACAGAGAAAGCUGGGCAAUGCUCCUGCAGAAGUUGAUGAGGAAGGAAAAGAUAUCAACCCUCAUAUCCCUCAGUAUAUUUCUUCGGUUCCAUGGUACAUUGACCCAUCCAAAAGACCCACUUUAAAGCAUCAGAGACCACAGCCAGAGAAACAGAAGCAAUUCAGUUCAUCUGGGGAAUGGUACAAGAGAGGCGUAAAGGAGAAUUCUAUAACUACCAAGUACCGCAAAGGGGCAUGUGAAAAUUGUGGGGCCAUGACACACAAGAAGAAAGAUUGCUUUGAGAGGCCAAGGCGGGUGGGAGCUAAAUUCACGGGUACCGACAUCGCUCCAGAUGAGCACAUCCAGCCCCAGCUGAUGUUCGACUAUGACGGGAAGAGAGACCGGUGGAAUGGCUACAAUCCAGAGGAGCACAUGAAAAUUGUUGAGGAGUACGCCAAGGUUGAUCUGGCAAAACGAACAUUGAAAGCUCAGAAACUCCAAGAAGAAUUAGCUUCUGGAAAAUUAGUGGAACAAGCCAAUUCUCCAAAACACCAGUGGGGAGAAGAGGAACCCAAUUCUCAGAUGGAAAAGGAUCAUAACAGUGAAGAUGAGGAUGAGGACAAAUAUGCAGAUGAUAUUGACAUGCCAGGGCAGAAUUUCGACUCUAAGAGACGCAUUACUGUUCGGAAUCUCAGGAUUCGUGAAGAUAUUGCAAAAUAUUUGAGAAAUUUAGAUCCAAAUUCUGCCUACUAUGAUCCAAAAACUAGAGCGAUGAGAGAGAAUCCUUACGCCAAUGCAGGAAAGAAUCCAGAUGAAGUGAGUUACGCUGGAGACAACUUUGUUCGAUACACAGGAGAUACCAUUUCAAUGGCUCAAACACAGCUGUUUGCUUGGGAAGCCUAUGACAAGGGAUCUGAAGUACAUCUCCAGGCAGACCCUACAAAACUAGAGCUGCUGUAUAAGUCCUUCAAGGUCAAAAAAGAAGACUUCAAAGAACAGCAGAAAGAAAGCAUCCUGGAAAAGUACGGUGGCCAAGAACACUUGGAUGCUCCCCCAGCUGAGCUGCUGUUAGCUCAGACAGAAGACUAUGUGGAGUACUCCAGGCAUGGGACAGUCAUUAAAGGCCAGGAGCGGGCUGUCGCCUGCUCCAAGUACGAGGAGGAUGUGAAGAUCAAUAACCACACGCACAUCUGGGGAUCUUACUGGAAAGAAGGCCGCUGGGGAUACAAAUGCUGUCACUCUUUUUUCAAGUAUUCCUAUUGUACUGGAGAAGCCGGGAAGGAGAGUAGUAAUUCAGAGGAAUGUAUUACAAAUGAUGCAACUGGAGAAGAGUCUGUGAAGAAACCACAAACCCUCAUGGAGCUGCAUCAGGAGAAACUGAAAGAAGAGAAGAAGAAGAAAAAGAAGAAGAAGAAACACCGAAAGAGCAGUUCCGACAGUGAUGAUGAGGACAGGAAACAGGAGAAACUGAAAAAGGCACUGAAUGCCGAGGAGGCUCGCCUCCUUCAUGUAAAGGAGAUCAUGCAGAUUGAUGAGCGGAAGCGGCCUUACAAUAGCAUAUAUGAAGCCCGGGAGCCCACUGAAGAGGAAAUGGAGGCCUACAGGAUGAAACGGCAGAGGCCAGAUGACCCCAUGGCUUCUUUCCUGGGACAGUAGUAACUAGACAGGAUCGGGCACAUACACAGCAUGUUCUCUUCAGCUCCUUGCUGAUUACAGACUGAAAAUCAUCGUUUCUCCUUUUGCUGCCUGAAAUUAAUAAAUCUUUCUGGAGUCUCAAAAUCAUUCUUCUCCACAGUCAAGAAACAAAGCAAGCAAGCAAGAGCACACAGUUGUGGUUAAGGUUAAAAUCAUCUAUUGUAGGGCUAGAGAGAUGGCUCAGAGGUUAGGAGCACUGGCUGUUCUUCCAAAGGUUCUGAGUUCAAUUCCCAGCAACAGAAUGGCUGCUCAUAACCAUCUAUAGUGAGAUCUGGUGCCCUCUUCUGGCAUGCAGGUGUACAUGCAGGCUAAAUAAUAAAUAAAUCUUUUUUUUUUUUUUUUUUUUUUUUAAUCAUCCAUCAUAAUUAGUGAACUAGAAAGAGAUUUUGGCUGUCUUUCUCCCAAGCAUCUUGUGGAGCCUGGCAUGCUGAUACCUGUGAUGGCAGCACCCGAGAGUGGUAGAGGCAGGGAGAUCGAGAGUCAGCCAUGUGUGGUGGUGCACACCUGUAAUCCUAGCCCUCAGGAGACUGAGGCUAGAGCCACCCUCAGCUACAUAGCAAGUUAGAGGUCAGCCUGCACUACAUGACGGAGUCUUCGUCUCAAAAUGAAAGAUUUUGAGGCUGUCCUAGGCUAUAUAGCAAGAUGGUCUCAAAUUAAAAAAAAAAAAAAAAAGUCAUCAGUUCCAUAGCUAUGUCUCCAGCUGUGUGCUGUCAGUCUUCAGGUCUCUUGUAUGUAGCAGCACAUAUGUAUGUUCUCUCAAAGCCAAAGCUCCAUUCUUAAAUCACUAGCAGUUCCAGAAAUGAAAUCACUAGUAAUUUAACACCAUAAUUUGCAGUUAUAUUAGAGCAUUUGGUUUUGCCUUCUAAGAUUUUCUUGGUUUUAAACAACAAAUAUUCUACCAUCAUCUGCAUUGCUGGAAGAAAAUCUACAGGGCAUGUAAAUAACUAUGUCCCCCGUAAUCCAAAUAAUAAAUCUAUUUUUCAUUUGGUUUUUAGACAUUGGAUUUUCAUGUGUUUCCUUAAUAUCUUACAUCUUUUAAUGGUCAGCAUUGACUGCUUCACACUUAAGUUGCUUAACAUGAACGUUUAGACAUAGAAAUCCCUUCUGUGGUAGAGGAUAUGGUUUUUUACUACUGUAUGUUAUUUAAUUCUGGGUUUUGUAACAGUUACAAAAGAUCUGAGACAUCUGCAUACCCAGCAGGUGCCAAUUGAUAAAAUCUGAAAAACAGAAAAACCUGAAACUGAAGAUUCUUCUAAAAUGUCUUAAGGGUGGCUUCCUUGUAUAUUCAUAGCUGAUACUGCUGUGGUCUUCAGCCAUCCUUACCCAAAAACAUGGCAAAGACAAUGCUGACACAGUAAGAUUAUGAGAACAUGAUCUGAGUACUCAACAGAUGUGUUCCAAACUGACUUCAAGGAUGCACCUCACACACAGAAGAAAAGCAUCUUACUCAAAUUACCAAAUACCUGUCUAUACAUGUCAGUAUUCAGACUGAGAUUAAAACUGCAAUGCAGGCCUGGAGGAUUAGCUCAGUCUGAGAAGGCCUUGCUUUGCAAACAUGAGUUUGAACCCCAGGGUUAAAGAGAAAGAAAGGCCAGCCAGAUGCGGUGGUGUGUGCUUAUAAUCCCUGCCCUGGGGAGGCAGAGACAAGUACCUGAGGCUCAAAGACCAGCUAGCUCAGCCAAAUCUGCAAGUGCCAGGCCAGAGAGCAGCACCUGAGGAACAAGUUGUUCUCUUGACGUCUACACAUAAGCGAUGCUUUUACCCCCCCCCCCCCCCACACACACACACACAAAAUUAUAAUGCAAAUAGAUUCCUGAUCAUGAAGGCCAAAAUUGUGUUGUUCUAGCCCUACUGUAGCACAGGCACCAAAACCCAAAGUCAGCUAAUGGUGUCUUAUUUUGUGUACUAUCUUUUUAAUAAAGAUGUAAUUGAGAGUA